AAAGCUUAGUAAUUUGCUAACAUUUAUUUUCAUUACUUUCUACUUAGAUUUCGAGUGUGUGAAAAUGUGGAAAUGCCAUUCAUUUGCAGUGGGUGCAUUGGCCUUGGCCUGCCCGCCAGCCAAGUGUCUCACUCAAUUCAAUUUGCAUUCGAGCAACCAAAAACGAAUUUUCAGUAUAAUGCUUCAAUAGAUACUGCAGCAACGGCUGCAGUUCCCAACUUGAGCUACAGCCGGACUUUGGUAGCUCGUUCGCCUUGUCGUCAUCAUCAUCAACAUCGUCAUCAUCAUCAUCGUCAUCAUCAUCAUCAUGGAGCCGCAGCCGACGACGACGUCGACGACGACGAUGAACAAGGCAAAGCAGCGGCAGCAGCGGCAGCAGCAGCAGAAGAAGAAGAAGAUGUCGCCAGUCGCUGGGUAAGGCACUAACAAAGGAUUGGAUCAGUCGAAUUAAAUAAAGGGAAAGAAUCACAUACACACACACAGACACACACACACACACACAGGCAUACAGACAGGCACAUUGUAACCGCAAACAAGCAAAGCAUAUUUCUCUUCCUCUCCCGCUCAUCCCCUCUGACUCAUUCGCUCUCCUCUCUCUCUCGCUCA